AUUCCUGUACUUCAUAGGAAUCUUCAUGGCUGCCCUGCUGACCCAUGAAUGUGUUGUGGAAACACUAGAUUUACGGAACUUAAAAUAUUCAACAGCCUCAACAGUAACCUCAGCACAGACAGUUAUUGGAAUGUCAAUGGCAAUAAAUCAGAUUUUUGACAUCAGUCUUACUGACCGUAAUAGCAAGACUUACAAAGAUUUAUCUGGACAAAUUGAGUCAGCAAUUGACACAAGCUAUUCUAAUAAGCUAACUGGCUACAAGGUUGGUUCUGCAAAAGUCACUGGCUUCAGACCUGGGAGUGUUAUAGCAGACUACACUAUAAGUGCAACAUCCAACAGCCUUGAUUUUGGAGCAGCAAACACACAGGUUUCUGACUCUCUGAGAACACAAGGAAUAAUUUUAGCUGAAGAUGCCUUUGCUCAAAGUGAUCAAACAGUCUUCACAACAGAUCAGUUAUAUCCUCUGCAAAAGGUGGACCUGAACUGUAUACAGCCAGACUUUGCAAAGGGACAAAUAAAAUGGACAGUGGAUAACAAAGAUCCUGCACUAGACAACAUAAGAUAUUUACUUUCAAAUGACAACAGAACUCUCACUGUAAAAAACGCUAGUGAAAGUGACAGUGGUGAGUGACGAGAUUUAUUUUUGUAUUGUCUAUGAUAUUUUACUAGUGCCUGAUAGCUCCUGUCCUGUU